AUGGUGUACACUUCGUUGACUGAAGCUCCUCACAACGUCAAGGAGGGCAUUGACUGGUUAAUGGCUCUUAAGGGAACUAGUGGCGAGAGCACCUUGAAGGCUAUGGUUGGCGCAAUUCACCAUCUAUUCUCAGAUCACUCUGCUGGAAGUAAUCCGCUGCCGUCUCUCGAUAAAAUUAAGAGCAUUUCUAAGGAAUUUCUAGAAAAACCGGAGCUACGAGAUAAUAUUAUAGUGAAACAAUUGCUGAGUAGAUUCUAUACUCCGGCUAGUGCCGCAAAUACAGGGUCUAAACGUCUAUUGACAAGAUACUCUGAGGAAUACGCACGCGUUGUAGGAGUCAAGGGCGCCAAACCUGAAUACAUCGAAGAGUGCUUAAGCAAUGUUAUGGAUGGUUUUGGGAAGCUCUUGAAUGAUAUAAAAAACCCUGACAAGUACAAGUCUGCAUACAGUGCAGAAGCGACGUGGGAGGCAUCAUGCGCAAAAGACCCGGAAACCUGCGCAGUGGUUCUCGUGGGUAUUGCCCCAAUGUUGUACGCAGGUUUAAUAUCUUUAUGGGGUACAACCGAAUCUAAAACUGGAGAGUUCCACCGGUACGCGGGAUCAAGGAGCUUUGGGGAGGUGCUGAGAGCCUUGGGUUACGUACAGCCUCAAUGCCGCUCUGAUAUAAAUGGCUCAGAGAUAUUCAAGAAUUUUAAAGGGUUGGAUGCAGAUUUAUUUCAUAAAACGUACGAUAUCGCAGGAUUUGACACUUUCUAUGGAUCUGAUAUUGUACAGAAGCUACCAGUUAAGCAACCUGUUGUUGAAGAAGCUGUAGUAGCUGAAAAAUCUGUGGAGCCUGUAAAAGCUGCGAAAUCUCGAAAACCUGGAAUAUUACGUAAACUCAGAAAAGCUGUGAAAUAA